AUGUCUGAGAUUGCCAUUGUGGUGCAUGUUCUGGACCAGCGAGAUGUGCCUCUCAAGGUGAACAAGACGACGACCAUCACUGAAGUAUGCCUGCAGGUUAUUCAAGAACUUGGCCAAGACAUUGAAAGCGCUGGUGAUUAUGGCCUGCUACGCAAAUCGGAGCAUGGCGGCUUCAACCUUUGGCUGGACGCCGGCGCUUCCUUGGGCACUCUGGGAAUUCAAGAACAGGAAACCCUCUGUAUGCGCAAGCGCCAACGCAUGCUCAAAAUCAAGCUGAUCGAUGGUUCCGAAAAAAGCAUCCGUACCCUCAUGAUUGAUGAGAGCCAGACCCUGGGGGCCAUUGUCCGCCACGUAUGCCAUCGCAUCGGCGUACAAAACUUUGAGGAGUAUUCUCUCGUGCCCGAAGAGACUGAUACAGUUGCCUCGGCCAAGCUCGCCAGUGUCAAACGCAAGAAGAAGGAGACCCUAUCCGACGUUCGCGCCCGACUCAACGAGGAGGAGAAGUGGCUGCAACACGACCUCACCCUUUUGGAGCAGAACGUGCGCCCAGACGAGGUCCUGGUGCUGCGCAAAAAGUUCUUCUAUACUGACCAAGAAAUUGACCGAAAUGACCCGGUGCAGGUCAACCUUGUUUAUGGCCAGUCCAAGGACGCCAUCCUCAAGGGCCAAUACCCAUGCACACAGGACGAAGCAGUCACGUUCGCGGGCAUGCAAAUGCAGAUCGAAUUUGGCAACCACAACCCAGACCGCCACAAGGUGGGCUUUAUCGAUGAUCUGCGCAGCGUCUUGCCUCUGGAAUACGUCAAGGUCAAGGGCAUCGAAAAGAAAAUCUACGCAGAGCACAAGAAACAACAGGGUGUGCAGGAGUUGGCCGUCAAGUACAAGUAUAUCACCAUGUGUCGCUCUCUCAACACCUACGGCAUCAGCUUCUUCAAAGUCAAGGAAAAGCUCAAGGGCAAAAACAAGCUCGUCAGCACACUGCUUGGCAUUACUCGCGAGAGCGUCAUGCGCAUGGAUGAGAAGACCAAGGAGGUCCUCCGCACCUGGCCCCUCACCACCGUGCGUCGGUGGGUUGCCUCGCCCAACAGCUUUACCCUCGACUUUGGUGACUAUGCAGAAUACUACAGCGUCCAAACGGACGAGGGGGACAGCAUUUCCCAGCUCAUCGCCGGCUAUAUCGAUAUCAUUCUGAAGAAAAAACGCCAAGCCGACCAGCGCGAGGUCGAGCAGUUUGCCGAAAGCCAGGUCGCCAUGGCUGAAGCUGCAGAGAGCAAGAUGGCCACCGCUGAGGCCGUGGGUCCCAUGCGCGCCCAGCAGAUGAACGCCCGACGCAACACCGCCGCCUUGGGUGCACGCCCGCGCCUUCGCACUAGCGCACAGGGCCAACUCUCCUUGGCAACUCACGUUAGCAAGGCUCAGGAAAGCUUGCAAAAAGCCGCUGCCAGUGUGACUGCGCCGCAGCCGCCUCAAGCCGAAGACGACGCUUCCUCUCAGUCCCGCGUGGAUCAAGCUGCUGUUGCGAAACAACAGGUCAUCUCCUCUGUGGCUGCCAUCAUGGUCAACUGUAGCUCAUUGUUGAACAUCUCCAGCAAGACUGAUCGCGGGCGCUCCCACCUGACGGGGCUGGGGUCUGCCUUUACCGCCAUCUCCUCAAAUAUCGUCAACGCCGCUACCAACGCCGCACGCACCGCUGGUCUGGAUGAUAACCAGGCCUCGGCCAUCGUGUCUGCGAGUCAAGAGUUUGUUGGAGCAAUUGCAGCUGUCGUGGAACCCUAUGCGGCGAACGAAAGCGGAAACGUUCCUGCCGCACCCCUCGAAGCCUCCAUCAAGAUUGCUGCCACCGCAGCAGAGCGCCUGCUCUCCGUUUUGGGGUCCCUCGAGGUCACGCGGGAGCAAUCCGAACGCCUCAAUGGCCUUGUGCGCAACGUGGCCACCGGUACGGCAGCACUAGUCGAGCAAGCUAAGGUUGUUGCUGGACAGUGUGAUGACCCAACCAUGCAGCAGCACGUCAUCAAGGCCGCGAAAACCGUAGCCACGAGCAUCACCCAGCUUGCAGCCAAUGGCAAAAUUUUGGGGCCCGUGCUCUCCGACAACGUCUGCCAGGAACAACUCUGCGACUUGGCACGCGGCAUUGCCGCAGAGGUCGAGCGGUUGCUCGAUAUUUCCCAAUCGUCGUGCUCCAACAAACCCGAGCUUCAGCGCCUGGGUACAUCCGCUUCUGCUGUGACGGCCAGCCUGGCCGAGCUCAUCAACAGCGUGCCGGAGAUCCUGGGCAGCGGCGCCUCGACCCAAUUUGAACUUGCUUGUUCAGCUAUAUCCGAUGCGGCAGAACGCCUUGAGACCGUAGGCGCCAAUGGGCCUGAGCUGGUAGCCACCACCAAAACCCUGGCUCAAGCCGCUGCCGUGGUCGUGGGUGAGCUCAAGACCCGGGCAGCACACGAAACCGCGCCCGCCGCUCGCGAGGUACAUCUCAAGAACGUGGAGCGCCUGGCACAAGGCACGAGUCAGAUGGUAGCCGCCGCCAAGCUGGCGGCCCAGAACGUGCGCAGUAAGGAAGCUCGGCAGGCUCUGGUGGACUGCGCGCUGAACAUUAAGAGCGUCACCACUGAAGUGGCUGGCAACAGUUUGGUGCAAAAGUCGAUGCGGGACCUGCAGGGCGCUGCGAAACAGGCUACCGCAGCAGCCUCCCAGCUCCUCUCUGCAUCGGAAGCCACCAUGGAAAUGAUUAGCAGCCCGGCCACGCGUCAGCAACUAGAAGAACAGCUCAAAAGC